AUGACGCCUCUCGCGGCGCUCCUGGGAUCGCCGCAAACCGCGGGGAUCGCGCUCUCGGGCCCCGACGCGUCGCCUCCCCCCAUGCUGCUCCCUUCCCCGCCCGUUUCCCCCGUCGGAAACAGCUACGCGGGGGACGGGGAAGCCUCCGCGUUUCCCCCCGCCGACUCUGCCACCUCCGCGGGGGCGGGAAGAAGGGUUCCCCGCCGCGCGGGGUCGUGGCGGGUUUCUGAGAGCGCGGGGCGGGCGGACGGGGUGGGCGGAAGCGGAGGGGACUCCCCGCACGGGGUGGCGGAAGGGGAAGCGGGGGAAGCGGGAGGGGCGGGGGAGGGGGGGUGUUUCUACGAGUCGGUGCGCGUGCCGCGUGACGUGGUGCGCGUGUGGCAGGACUGCUGGCGUGGCGCGUGGCAGGCUGACGUGGAGAUCCGAUCCGCCGUGGAUGGCGGCCUGGUGCUCGCGCAGGGCGCCGUGCUGGCGGCCCACUCGCAGGGCCUGGAGCGCAUGCUGGCAGGAGCCAUGCUGCAGCAGGCGCGCCCCCCGUGGGUGAUAGUGCUGAGGGGGGUCCCAGUGGAGGCCAUAAGAGGCGUCGUGCAGGCACUAUACUGUGGCACCAUGGACGAUGGGUUGAUGGAUCGGCACAUUUUCCACCUCCUCCUCCUCGCGCACUCCCUCCCCAUUCCCCUGCUCAAGUCCCUCUGCCUCGAGGCCCUGCGCUCCCGCCUCCUCUCCCCCGCCAACGCCGUCGACACGCUUGUCCUCGCGCGAUUGGUCGGCUCGCGCGCGCUGCAGGCGCUGACUCAGCAGUACAUCGUGCGGCACCACGCUGACGUGGCGCUGACAGACGCGUGGGCCAUGCUGAGUCAGGAGUACCCGGACGUUAAAGGGAUGCUUGUGGGGAUGGUGGAAGCGAGGAAGAAACGCGACACUGGCUUGCAAGGGGAGGAGGCGUGGGCGAGGCAGCAGGUGCAGCAGGCAGUGAGAGCUUUGGAGCAUAUCUGCAACGACGGCAGCUGUGCCUCCUCCACCUCUGCCUCUGCUUCUGCCUCGGUCUCCUCUCCCCCUCCCGCUGCUCCCCCUUGUGCUGCUGCCGCCUCUGCUUCCCCCUCUGAGCCCCCCGCUGACCCGUCCUCUGCCUCUGCUGUCGAGAAUGAGGGGGCGAGGGUGGGAACGGGGGUUGGGGGGGAUGGGGCAGAGGAAGGGGGAGGAGGUGGAGGAAUGGCGGUAGCAGCGGAAGGUGCGGAAGGGGAGGAAGCAGAGGGGCGAAAUCUCGAUAGCUCUGCUGCUGCGGCUAUGGCAGAGACUACAGAAUCUCAAAGUCAAGCAGGUCAAACGGAUCGAUCAGGUCAAUCAAGUCAACCAGGCCAAUCGGGACCGCACACUCUCUCCCCUGCUACCACCCUCGCGCCUACCCUCUCCUCCCUUUCCUCCGCCUCCCACUACCUCGGCGGCAGCGGCACUCUCUCUACCUUCUCCUCCUCUUCCUCCUCCCUCCUCUCUGUGCGCCCCAUGUCCCCCCCAACACCCGCCACACCCGCCGCCCCCCCCACCCCCUGCGGACUCCCCAAGUGCCGCCCGGUCGAGGUGCUGAUUCGGCACUUUGCUAAGUGCGGUGUGAAGGUGUCGGGAGGGUGCGGGAGCUGCAAGGUGGUGUGGCAGCUGUUGGAGCAGCACUCGAGCGCGUGUGAGAAGCACAAGGGAUGCCGUGUCCCUCUGUGCAGGCAAUUCAAGAGCAAGCAGCAGCAGGAGCAGGGCAGUGGGGGGCCUGCUGCAGGCAAGGAGAAGCUGAGUGCAGCAGAGCAUGCAGAGCAAGUCACAGCACUGGCCAAGGCUCUCUUGGCUUUAGAAAAUGCCGAGUCAUUCUAA